AUGCCCCACCUGGCAGAUCGCGCCCGCUUCCAAGCGGUGUGCCGCUCCUGGCGCUCACCGGCUUCCUCUCCGCUGCCGCAGCUGCCGUGGAUGCAAGCGGUAAUUCUUUCCUGGCAAUCAGUUUUCUCCCCGCCUCCGCCGCGACGGCCAUGGAAUUGGAUCCACGCGGUGUGCCGUCGUUCGCCGCAGCGGCGGACACCUUGGAUUGCGCUACAUGGCGGCUUCUACAAUAAGCACGGGCGCGCCCGCACUCACCCUGGAGGGUGCAGACGAAAUCGGUCCGCCGAUGACGACCAGGAGUGCAUCGCGUUCAGACGCCGGAAUAGCAACCCCUCCUUCCCCGACAACUUGCGGUGCAUUGGCUCCACGGAUAGCUGGCUCGUCCUCGACUACACUGACGAUCGGAGAAAAAUUCAUACCUAUUUCUUGCACAAUCCUUUCUCUAAAGAAGUUGUGUUGCUACCAGAGCUGGAUGCCAUCGUUGGUAAUAGUUCCAAGUUAUUUCAGAUCCGCAAGGUGCUCAUUCGGUCGCCCCCUGAUGACCAGCUCGUCAUUAUCAUGACCAACAACUGGAAUUAUCCAAUCAUCUUAAUCCGGCCGGGGAAGGGUGUGUGGCUACCGAAGCCACAAACAACCCCCUUCGUUGACAUCAUUGACAUCGUGCUCGUUGGAAACAGACUCUAUGGGAUCUCCAUGGCGGAGGACCUCUUCUCCUUCAAUAUAAGCUUUAGUGCCAGUGGCGUACCCAUGGUUACCAAUAUCAAGCACCACAUCAGAUCAGGUGAUGCUGAUCCCAAUGUUGAGAGCGACGUAGAUGAGGCCCAAGACCAUAAUGAGCACAAAAAGGGGCGGCACCAGCGCAACUUGUAUGACUUGAGGACUGGAGACAACAUGAUCAUUGAUGGCAUCCUCUGUGACGAGUUGCCUUACGCACCCAACGAUAACCUCGCCACAUUUUGGUACUUGCUUGAGUCGUGUGGAAAGCUAAUCAUGGUGAAGCGGCAAUUGCAAUGGCCUAAAUGUUGUUAUAGCAAAUUUACUCGUAAGCUGGAGGUUUUCGAGGCAGAUUUAAGUGAACGCGCCUGGUUGCCGGUGUCAGCUGGGCUAGGUGACCAGGCACUUUUCAUCAGUAAACGCUUCAGCAAGUCUGUUUCUGCAUCUGGAGGGAUAGAGGAGGAUGCUAUGUAUUUUAUCGAUACGGGUGAGGUGUUCAGCGUAAAAUCCCAAACUCAAUGCCUCCCGGUAGAGAGAAGCAUCGAUUCCUGCUGGUCAACAUGGAUCUUCCCGCCAAGUUAGCUUUUGCAUUAGCAGUUGCUCCAUAAUCAUGUCAUCAAUGGGGCGAUCGGAUACAUUAUUUUCUGUUGAUUCUGCAAUAAUGGGUGUUGUUGUCAAACAGGUUUGUGCUGCCUGCCGUGACGUACAAGUGAUUGUUUGUUUUUAUUUAUUGAACUGCAGACAAUUUCAUUGAACUUAAAUAUCUCUAUCAUGCUCCUUUGUAUUGUGCUUUACUGUAUAUCUGGUGUGUACUUGUGGCCAUUUUAUUUCAGAGUUUCCAGCUCUAAUGGAAAUCAGACUAGUAGGCAAGUAACCUUCAUAUGUUCUUGAAUGGUUGCACUAGCUUUUUAAAUUGGCAGGGGCC